AUUGAAUCCUUAAAUGCGUCAUUAUAUUUAUCGAAAUUUGAACUUAGAAGAAGAAGCAGGAGGAGGGAGAGAAAAAGCAAGAAAAGGUUGCUUUCAUUCAUCGUAUCCCAAUCCAUAAGACAAACACUUCCAUUAAAUUGCUUUUGAAAUCUUGUCCACUUUCUACUUCCGCACUUCACACACACUCACACAAUCAUCUUUUAUACUUAUUAUACUACUAGUUUCAAUUUUCAAUUUUCCAAUUUCAAAUCCCCCACCACCACACCCACAAAAAAAAAAAAGAGAAAGAAGAAGAAUAUCAUCAGAUCAGAAAACCAAAGGAAAAAAAAUGGGUUGCGUUUCCUCAACUCUGCUCAGCCAAGAUGACGAAUUCUCCCAGAUUGGCGGUAGCGGUGGCGCCGCCUUCGCCCACCACAUUGUUUACCUCAAAUCCACCACCUACGGCCUCCUCACUCUCGACCCACCACCACCGCCCUCUUCUCCUCCCCCUCCUCCGGCCGCCGCCACCACCACCAUUGCUCCCACUCCACCUCCACGAUUCACCCUCUCCUCCCCACCUUCCUCAGAUCUCACCCCAUUGAAACCUCCGCCGGUAAAUGACGUCAUCAACUCCUGGGAGCUCAUGGCCGGACUCGAUUCCUCUACUCCUACUCCUCCCCCGCCGCUUUCAAAAGAAAAUUCAAAUCCAAAUCUCCUCCUCCCGUCCCCACCACCGGCAUUCAAUUGGGCCCACCACCUGUCUUCUUCCCAGCUGGAUAAAUACGACUCCAUCUGCCCGCCAAACGGGGAAAACAAGGUGGUCAUCUACACCACCACGUUGAGGGGAAUCCGGAAGACGUUCGAAGACUGCAACGCCGUCCGGUCAGCGAUUCAGGGACUCGGGUUUUCGGUCUGCGAGAGGGACAUUUCCAUGGACAGAGGGUUCAGAGAAGAGUUGAGAGAAUUAUUGAAAGUCAAAGGGGAAAAAGAGCUGGUCCCACCCAGAGUGUUUGUGAAAGGGAGAUACGUUGGUGGGGCAGAGGAAGUCCUGAGAUUAGCCGAAGAAGACGAAGCUGGCGUCGGUUUGAGGAGUUUGCUUUCGGGUUGUCCGAAAUUGAGAGGCGGAAUCGGCCGUGUUUGCGAGGGGUGCGGCGGUGUUAGGUUCUUGCCGUGUUUUAAGUGUAACGGCAGCUGUAAAGUGGUGGUUAGGAAACAAGUGGCGGCGGCGAAGGUGGUGGAAGAGGAGGAGGUGGCGGAGGUGGUGGUCCGAUGCUCUGAGUGUAAUGAGAAUGGAUUGGUUCUCUGCCCCAUUUGUAGCUAGAUUUAAUUCUACUUUAUUUGUAACAAUUAUGAUAGAGGAAAAACUAUAUAUGAACUCUUUCUUUAUGAAUUAAUGUGUAUGAUAAUUAUGACUAUGUUUAUAGUGUGCCUAGCUCUUUUAUUGUGAAACUCUUCUCAGUUCUGUUGCACUAACUAGUUUGGUUACUCGACUGAUAUUAGUUCAGUUUCAUAAUAUCCUCU